AACAAGCCUUAGCGGGUUCAUAGCAUAUAGUAAGUUUUGGCUACUCGGCGCAUACAGAUUGCAUUCCGCACACCGUGCACUGUCGGGGAAUUCUCUAACAUAAAUAAAUAAAAGUGCGCAUAUUUGAAUUGAAAUAAUUAAACAUUAUAAUAUUGUAAUUAAUUAAUAUAUUUCCUUUAAAACUGUGCACGUGGAAUUAACUGGAUGUUACUUUAUGUGGCACUGUGCGCGCAACAACUUGUUACAUAGCUCUUAGGCGGCGACCAAAAAAAAAGCGGUUUGACAAGACAACUUUCCUUCUAAUUAUGUUGCGACACAAUGGGACAGAUAUGAUGAACGCGUCUUGUAAUAAAAAACUGAAUUCAAAUAUAACGAAUAUGAACGGUUGUGGUACUACAUCAGGUAGUCCAAUGGACGCACUGCCCAAACAAUUUGUAGCUUCAAUGAAAACACUCUUCGACAUUUUGGAUGAUCAGCAUACGGGAUUUGUCCGAUUCGUGGACAUUGAAAAAGGUUGGCAAGAUGAUGGUUGUAAAGGGUUACCUCACGGUGUGAUUGACUCACUCCGAAAGGUGACACCCACGAGUGGUCUGCUGUCGUUCGAUCGCUUCUGCGCCGGCUUAAAGUUAUGUCUCUUACGCAAUCAAAGUACAACUUUGAGCAAUGCACCAACAAGCGGUAAUGAUAUGGGAGUACAUACUAGUGUCUCGCCUAUGAAACCACCGCGCCCACCCUCUGCACCACUUUUAGAUGUCGAUAAUGCUGUGCAUGGUAACCCUAAUUGGUUAGGCAACAACACCACUACCGCCACUGUGCGUCCACAUAAAAUUGUCUCUGCACAUCGGGCCCUUAGUCUGCCACAGUUAAGUCCGGAUUCUGAAAUGGAGGCAGAAAUGAUAAACACCAAUGUUUAUAACUCUCCACCGCCACCACCAAAGCCACCCCGUGCUUCGGCGGUUAGAGAGCACGGUGGACCGAAUACGUCAGCACCACCUAUGGAUAAAGCGGAAAUUCGGCACGCUUUGCAAAACUGGCAAAUGGGUAUACUCUUAAAUGAAAUGGGUGCACAGGAGCAGCGCAGUACGGGCUACAUGUAUAAUCAGUUCCCUUACCGCGGAUGUGCCGAUGGUGGUUCGUCAUCAACUACUGACAGUGUUAAUGGGAAUGUGGGAACUCUUCAUUCGAAAAAGGCAUGUUCCAAGCGUAGAGAGCCACGACGACAUACUUUACAAAAUGGCAUUGAUUAUAAUAUGUUAAAACGUCUUAAACAAUUUGAAGAGGAACGUGAAGUACUCUUAACGGGACUAGAAGCGGUAGAGAAAGCGCGUGAUUGGUAUUUACAACAAAUUGCUAAUGUGCAGGAGAAGAUUAAAUACUUGGGACGCAUGGGGCAUGUGGAACAGUGGUCAGAGGUUCAACAAGAACGAUUAGAGUUUCAAAGAGCUCGUGUUUACGAGGUCAACCGAAAUUUGACAGCUCUUGCUGACUGCUGGGAACGUGGAGGAUUUCCCUUACAUUUCAAUCUUGCUAUUAGGACAUCCGGCAAAGUAUUAAGUCAACGUAACGGUAACAGCAGCAGUAGUGGAGCGCUAUUUCAACCCGUAGACCGCCUGCGUCAACAAAAUCAUAAUCUCUCGAAUGAAGUAAAUUUGAAAAGCGACCGAAUAGCUUUAUUAGAGCGCGAAAAGCAGUCAUUGAUGAGGGAGUUGUAUGAGCUGAGACAAACAGUUGGUAUUGUGGGACGAAGUUCAGGUUUUGUAACAGUACUCGGUCAAUCCUCGCCUUCAUCUUCUGGAGGCCUUGGCGAGGCGGAUGUUGUUUUUUAAUGUAAUAAAUAGAAUAAAAAUAUAGACAAUGAAUUUGAGCAUUUGUACACGCACUACGUUGAA